AUGGGCCUCGGCUGGCUGCUGGUCCUGCUGACGGCUCUGCCCCGGGGCGCGACAGGGGCCAAGCGGUGCAUCUUCUGUGACUUCACCGAGUCGGCCACCUGCCCCGGCGUCCCCAUGACCUGCGGCGACGACGAGGACUGCUUCACGGGCCAGGGCGUGCUCCCCGGCCUCGGGCGCGUCACCAACAAGGGCUGCAUGCUCGCCGUGUCGUGCGGCCGCCGGGACGAGCCUGUCCUCUACCAGGGCGCCACCUACAACAUGGUCUCCACCUGCUGCUCCGGCGACCUGUGCAACGGGAUCAACGGGAAAAAGGUGAAUACUCAAGAGAAAGAAAUGAAGGACCGAAACCGGACAAUUCCUGAAAGAAGAAUUAUCACUGACCUCUAA